AUGACCGUAAAUCUAUCAGUUUUCAUAAUGCAACUGAGCGAUGCGAUCAUGGCAGAGAGAGGUACCGAACUGGCGUUCUUACUACGUCCAACGAGCCCGCACGCAAAGGAUCUUGUCAAGGAAUUUCGAAACCCAACGGUUAAUACGCUACGUGACUACAAAGGCAGCAUUGCGAGCCCAUGGGACGAAAUUGCAAUACAGUACGUACUUGUGUGCACAGAUGUUGCGAAGAAACGACCGGUGGAAGCGUUCAAGAACCAGUCGAGCCUGUUUCAAUUAUUCCAGAAAUAUUUUGCUACGAGUACUGGGUGGUCACUUCCAGCACUUUUCUCGAUUUUGAGAGACCUACGGGAUCUGGCACUCGAGGCAGAUACGCACGCCAAGUACAACAACCAGACUAUUCAAUGCCUAGAGGAGACUGCCAGAAUCAUCAUCCCGGCAUUCUCAAAUUGUAUCAACGAUAGAACGUCCCCUCCCCAGGAAUCUCGGAAAUGGGGCGUCUACUACGUGGUGAAGCGAAUAUCACUCAGCAAAAACAUACUGAGGGCCCUAGAGGCUAACUCCGAUCUGCCCCCGUUAUCUGCUUAUCCAAAAUCACACCAGGUGACAUACCGCUAUUAUCUGGGUAUGAUCAGCUUCCUCAAUGAAGGGUAUGAAAAGGCAGAAGAAGAAUUGACACUUGCAUUCUAUCAUUGUGAUAUUAGUGCCCAGACCAAUCAAGAGCGGAUCCUGACUUAUUUAUUGCCCCUCCGCAUUCUGAAAGGGCACCUACCGACUGACGAGUUACUGCAACGCUUCCCCGUAUUGAGGGAACUCUUCACGCCCUUUAUCUUGGCGAUACGCGCAGGCGAUAUAACAUCAUUCGAUUCAGCACUGGAAAAAUGGGAACAUCGACUUCUGGAACUCAACCUGUGGCUCACUAUCGAACGGGCUCGAGAGCUGUGUAUUCGAGGGUUGUUCAGGCGAGUUUGGGUGGCCGCCGACAAGGGAUCACGCAUCCCGAUUUCUAUGUUCCAUGCAUCUUUGCGAAUAUCUGGCGUUGACGUUCCUCAGGUCGAAGCCGAGUGCUACGUCUCGAACAUGAUUUACAAAGGGCUUAUGAGGGGAUACAUCAGCCACGAAAAGCAGAUGGUGGUAUUGGCCAACGCUAAUGCAUUCCCUCGAGUAGCAGACAGGCCAUCGCCUUUCGGUUAA